GCUUCCCCUGCUUGGAGCAGAUCGGACAGUGUUCCUGCUGCCCUGGUCUGUGACCUGUGCCCCAGGGACAGGCAGUAAGGUUUGCCUGUGCUGAAAGGUGUGUUUGGGUUGGGGGUCUGUGGGGCAAGUGCAUCUGCACCUUCCCCAAACUCCACAAUGGCAAGGCUCGUCGGAGGGCUUCGGCUUUUCGUGGUGGUUUUCGUGUGUGCAUCUGUGAUCAUGUGCAUCUUCCACAUCUUCGUGGUAUGCGUUUGGGUCCUCCUGGGCUUCUGACCCGCGCCAUGUGUGCGCGGGACUCCAGCCCUAAGUGUCUUACUGUGUCUGUGAGCGUUUUUGUAUUCUGAGUGCGUGCAAGGGCUUUCGCCUGGCUUGGUUCCUGAGACUUGCGCUAAGCGGGCCUGUGUGAGCGCCGCCGCCUCCGCCUCCAGCCGCGUGCUGUCCUGUGUGCGGACCGCGUGCCCAUCGUGCGCAGAAGCCCAGCGCAGCCCCCGGAGCAGCCCCUGCACCGCCUCCGCUCCCCGGACCGCGACCCAGGCCGCCCCGAGAUGAUCGCGACCGGAGCCCUCCUGCGCGUCCUCUUGCUCCUGCUGGCUUUCGGCCACAGCACCUAUGGGGCUGAAUGCGACCCACCCUGUGACCCCCAGUAUGGAUUCUGCGAGGCUGACAAUGUCUGCAGGUGCCAUGUUGGCUGGGAGGGUCCCCUCUGUGACAAGUGUGUAACCGCCCCUGGCUGUGUCAAUGGAGUCUGCAAGGAACCAUGGCAGUGCAUCUGCAAGGAUGGCUGGGAUGGGAAAUUCUGCGAAAUAGAUAUUCGGGCUUGUACCUCAACCCCCUGCGCCAACAAUGGAACUUGCGUGGACCUCGAGAAAGGCCAGUACGAAUGCUCCUGCACCCCUGGGUUCUCUGGAAAGGACUGCCAGCACAAGGCUGGGCCCUGCGUGAUCAAUGGCUCUCCCUGCCAGCACGGAGGCGCCUGCGUGGAUGAUGAGGGCCAGGCCUCGCAUGCUUCCUGCCUGUGCCCCCCUGGCUUCUCAGGCAACUUCUGUGAGAUCGUAGCCCCAACCAACAGCUGUACCCCUAACCCAUGCGAGAACGAUGGCGUCUGCACCGACAUCGGGGGUGACUUCCGUUGCCGCUGCCCAGCUGGAUUCGUCGACAAGACCUGCAGCCGCCCGGUGAGCAACUGCGCCAGUGGCCCGUGCCUGAACGGGGGCACCUGCCUCCAGCACACCCAGGUGAGCUUCGAGUGUCUGUGCAAGCCCCCGUUCAUGGGUCCCACGUGCGCGAAGAAGCGCGGGGCUAGCCCCGUGCAGGUCACCCACCUACCCAGCGGCUACGGGCUCACCUACCGCUUGACCCCCGGGGUGCACGAGCUGCCUGUUCAGCAGCCCGAGCAACACAUCCUGAAGGUGUCCAUGAAAGAGCUCAACAAGAGUACCCCUCUCCUCACCGAGGGACAGGCCAUCUGCUUCACCAUCCUGGGCGUGCUCACCAGCCUGGUGGUGCUGGGCACCGUGGCCAUCGUCUUUCUCAACAAGUGCGAAACCUGGGUGUCCAACCUGCGCUACAAUCACAUGCUUCGCAAGAAGAAGAACCUGCUGUUGCAGUAUAACAGCGGAGAGGAGCUGGCGGUCAAUAUCAUCUUCCCGGAGAAGAUCGACAUGACCACCUUCAACAAGGAGGCUGGUGAUGAGGAGAUCUAAGCAGCGUUCCCCACCCCCNCCCCCACCCCGAGCCCCUCACCCCACCCCCCAAGCCCUUCUCUAUUACCGGGGUUCCUUAGAGCUCUCUACGCAGUCUGCGCUUUUUGUGGUGGAGUUUGCUCUAUUGUGUGGAAUCUAGUGAACGCUAUGCUUACAUAUAUUGUCUUGUGUUGCUGUGUGCCAUGCUACCACGCUAUCUAAGAACCCCUUCCUCCCUAUUAAUGCAUGAAUGAAUAAUAAUAAGAAUUUCAUCUCUAAAUGAGUUAAAGAAAUAAGUAUGUUAUUCUAAACUCUUAUCAACUAUCAAAUAUAAAAUAUCAAAAAGACCAAAAAAAAACAUGGUAACAGAACCAGGACUUGGUGCUGAGGUCCCUCUCCUGGGGGGGAUGUCAGCCACCAGGUCCUCGUGAAACCAUAAGAGUGUUGUGCUUGACCACUCACUGUGAAAAGGGCUAAACUCUUUCGUUCGUUAAUUCUCACGCACACUCACAUCAAGUCUCACACCGCAACCCUUAAAUCUUUCCGAUUGAUUGUGACUCUGCAGUGUGUAGUGGCUGUGUGCCAGGCAGAGAGAGACCCCAGGUUGGCUUCUGGCAGAGAGGUUGGGACCCAGUCCCAACCCAGCUGUGCACUCGCUGUGUGACCCUUGGCGAGAUCCCCCACCUCCAACCCUGGGCCACUUCCCCACCCCUCCCCAUAAGGGAGGGGUGUAGACACCCAAACACCAAAGUCCUCUCUAGCUCCCAAAUUCAGAAUUAGGAACGAGGGAUAUAUACCAAAACACUUCUUGACUCCAAGAGUAGGAUCUGAUGGAGACUUGGUCUCAUCCUGGGAUCCGAAAGGUUUUGGCCUAUCCUGGCUGUACACUUGAUAUUGAGGUCGAUCCCAAUAGCGUUUCUCAAAAUGGGGAGCCUCCUGACUCAUGCCCAGUUUGGGAAAAAUUGGCCCCUUUAGGUCAAAAUGUGCCAUUUGGUGUUGCCUCUUGAGCAACCCAUUCCCCACCCCAGCCCAAGACUCCACCUCAUGCCCCUCAGACCCCACCCCAUAUCUGCCCCUCACCCUGAUGUAGAGUAGAGAUGUGCUUUCAGACUUCAGUGUACCUCGAACCGCAAGUGCCCCCCCCUGGCAGAAUCUGAGUGAGCAAUGCAGCCCCCCACCAAGGUUUGCACAGGCUUUAGUGCACACUAUGGCUUGUGGGGUGUUUCCUUGUUCUGUGGCAAAAGUGGGAAAGCAGCUGUCCACAGCCAUGGAUGUACCUUUGUGUGGCUGAGGUUAGGACCCUCAGACUCCCAAACACCUAGCCAGCUUCUUAAGUAGAAUUUUGACUUAUUUUUAAAAAGAGCAUCUAUCUUUUUUUGCAAAACAAACAAAACAAAAAAACAAACAAAAAAAAAAGUAGAAAGAAAUGGGAGAGAGCCCUGUGUAGCUUCCAGGCUCUUGUUUGGGGUCUGGGUGCUACACGGUCCUUGGUUCCCCGUUAGGAAUAUUUUGCUUCUUAGAUUAUUUGGGUAGGAACCUAUGCUCUAAGCUUUAAGUGUGAGCCGUGUUUACCUUGCUCUGAGUACUUGCUUGCAAGUCAUUGUCACCGUUGCUGUUCGAAUCAUGAUCACAGCACACACUUCAUGGUCAUCAGCCAUUGGUCAUACGCGUCUCCGUUGUCACACAUUAUCGACCCAAUCACCCCUCCAACCUCUACCCCCGGUUCAUUUCACCCAAAGCCCUGACUCAAAGAAUCUCUCCCCAGCCAUUGGUCAUUCAUUACCUUCAGCCCAAGCCCCUUCCAGUUCCACCCUGAAAUCCCACCCCAUUUGGCCCCAGCCUCAUCCUGAUGAGGGUGUGUCCCAGCUCCCCAAAUCUCCACCACCUCCCAUAUCCCUGCCUCCUAGCCCCUUUUCCCCUGGUUCCCUCCCUCCCUCCCUCCAGGCCCCUCCCCUGCCUCAAUAGUCCCGCCCUGAGGCAAACCAGGACCAUCACAAUCACCUCAUUAUCCCAUCUCAUUUUGAGUUCAUUUUAAGAAAUAAAAUCUAAAAAAAUUAAAAAAAAAUAAUUAUUGACAUAUGCCAGGUGGGUUUCUGACCUUCCUGGCCGCUCAGCGUGAGACCUUGACCGAGUCUGCAAAUGAUUCUGUUCCUCAGUUUCCCCAAUUUGGAAUUCUACAAUUGGACAAAACAUCCUAUUUCUCCACUCCACUUUUUUUUUAUUUUUGAUCUCUGUGUUGUGGAGAGCAGCCGUGUCUCUGUGUCUCUCAUGACAAAGGGGGCCCGACUGUUCUCCUAGCAACUCCUCAUCCAUCCAAAAGAUUCAUCAUCCACCAUUCAUCCAGUCAGGGAGUGUUUCCAAGCACCUGCAGAGUGUAAGGCAGUGAGUGUUCUUGGAGCUGUGGGAUGUGCAGGCUGAGGGGCAUAGUCUGGGAAGGGGAGUAGACAUGCAUGCCCCCAGGAAGCCAAGCACAGGGCAGGCAAAACCCCCAAACACUGUGGAAACCGGAUGGUCCAGAGCAGGUGCCUCCCUCAGAGUGCCACCACUUCACCUCUCAACGUGACCAAAGAUCAAGAAACCAACAUCAAUGAGGCCACCCCGUCAAAAUUCCACGGCGUCCACCCAUGCAACAGGAGCAGCAUUUGCAGUCUCACGGUGGUCUUCACGUCCGCAGAAAGGGUCCAUCUGCGACCUCAGGAUCUCUGCUGAGAGCAUCAGAUCUCUGGCUGCCCAUACACAUCUCCUGUGUUUGGUGUAGUGCAGUGUAUGCAACGGGUGGUGAAGCUAAAAGACAGCUGUCUGGGACAUUUUCAAACUAAUCUGACCCCAAAUUAAAAGUGGUGAUAAUUCUGUAACCAAAAUGUCAAUGAAAUGUCCACCAGGGCGCUCUUUCUAGCUUCCCCCAUUCUUUUUUUUUGGCAGGCAAGUCCAGACGCAAUGCAAAAAGAAACAACAACCUUGUUUAUUGUUAAAUAAAGGAACAAGGGCUUUA